AUGAUUUUCAUGAUGUCUGAGAAGACAAGUGCCAGCCAGGAUUCUUAUCGCCUGAAUGUAUGGACCGGCCGGCGUCCCGGCGGAGGCUGGAGGAAGUGUGGGAGGCCAGUUCCCGGCGACACCUCCGCGCGCGGCGGUGCUGCCCGCCGGUGCCAUUGGCUGCCCCCGGCCCGGGGCCGGCACCGGCCAGUGGUUAAAUGCCCGCACGGCCACGCCAGGACACACAGCCCGGGGCACCCCAACACAAGCAGCCACCUCGACCCAUCCCCAGCACCGGAGGAGACGCCGGCGUGCGCCACGCCUCAAGCUGCAGGGACCACGACCGACAUGAGGGUUCCUGCGUUCCUGGUGCUGCUCCUGUGGGCCGCAGCCCGCGCUCACCCCGUGCCCGGCCACGAGCCCGCCCGCCUCGGCCCCAGUGCCCAGCAGCAGGACACAGCAAGUGAAGAUUACAUCAACAAGCUGGGCAACCUCCUGGGUGGUGGAGAUGGCAGAUAUCCUCCUGCCAGUGUGGAGAGAGGGGACAAUGCCCUUGUCGAGGACCCGGCGGGUGGGAAUGCUGUGGGCGAGGAGCUGGGCGAGCACGGUGGCCAAGAGAAGGGAGGCAGAGUUGGGGAGGCUCAGGACCUGAAUUGGGUGGACCACGAGGAUGCAAGUGCCCGGGAUGGGAACAGCCUUGGUUUCCUGGAGGAGGAUGCACGCGAUGCUGACGAUGGCGGCAACGGAGAGCACCACGGCGCUGGAGUCAGUGGGCUUCCCUCCCACGCCGGCGGGCUCCUGGAUGAGGAGGACGACAGUGGGGAUGACACCUUCGAUGAGAACGGGGAAGAGGAGGGGGGAGAAGGUCCUACUUACGUGGCUGGUGCCGACGAACAUGACCACGACGCUGGCCGUGGGGAUGCCAGGGGUGGUGGAGGGCACAGCGACAGCAGCAGCAGUAGCAGCAGCGAGAGCACCGGGGUGGACCACCGGCGAUACAGAAACUACCUCGGCAGCCGGUAUGAGCGGACCUACAGGCAGGGAGGGGGCAGCAGCAGCAGCCAGGAGGAGGAGGAGAGCUACGACUUUGAGGAUGAAGGCAUGCAGGGCGAUGACCCCUCCGUCUUCGAUGGCCUGGGCAGCAGCUACAAGGGGCACCGUGCUGGCCCCCGCAGCCUGGGGAGCAGCCGAGAGAGCAGCUGGGGGGCUGGCUCCCAUCGCUGGGAGAAGGGUGACAGCAGGUCCCCAGAAGUGGAGGACACUGACUCGGGAGAAGACAGCCCGUCCACAGAGGACAACAGUCAGUCGGAAGAGCCUGCCACCAGCCAGUCGGAGGAAAAGAGCGCCAGCCGCUCCAGCGAGGACGGGGAUGGGGAGGACAGCCCCUCCAGGGAGGGUGAGGACAGCGAGUCCAGGGAGGGCACCACUGACCAGUCGGACGAAGAGGCAGGGGAGUCCCCGGAGGACGUCUCCCGGGAGGUGGUGAGCACGUCGAGCGAGCGCAGCGGCAGCCGGUCCCAGGAAGGACAGGAGGAUUGGGAAUCUGCCCAGGACAGGAGUGCGCCGUCCGUGCCUGACAGCGAGUCCGGGGAAGACGAAGGCAACCAGAGCAAGUCCGGGGAAGAUGAUGGUGAGCAGAGCCAGUCCACAGAGGACACUGCGGAGGAGUCAAAGGAGGAUGAGGAUGACUCCAACCCUGAUGGAGACGUGCCCAGCGCAUCAGCCGAGAGCCAGAGCGCGUCCGUGGAGGACGGCGACAGCCAAGAAGACAACACAGGCGAGGAGAGUAGGUCCACAGAGAGCAACAACAGUGAGUCCCAGGAGGACGAUGACGAUGAGGAGAGCCACUCCCAGGAGGAUGCCACCCGCGAGUCCAGCAGCCGCGGGGACGACAGCUCGCCGCAGAGCCUGGAGAGCGGGAGCCGCAAGCGGCGGCCGGGCGCCUACCGCAACAAGCCCGCUGCCGACUACGAUGACAACGACUGCCAGGAUGGGUACUGACGUGUGCCCCAAAGCCUCAUCGGUGCUGGGGGGGGGGGGGGGGGGGGGGGGUAGGGGGA